AUGAGGAGCAAGCUGGGAAUCUCUCCCAAGCAUUCGGUUAUACAUCGGUUUGAACAGAUUCCCGAUCAGCCGCACGACGGGAUGCAUAAUCCCAACGACGUCACUAUUGAUAUUCCCCUCACCGAUGCCCCUAGCCACAAUGGUACGGGGCAUUGGGGCUCCGGAUCCGGUUCAACAAAGGGCCUUGUCCCACCGGCGGAGGGGGAGAAGCAGGGCAUUAUCGCGCCUGGCCGCCGUCGCCGCAUUGAUUCUGAUAUGGAUAUAAUGCGUGGUAAAGCGUCGGAGGCUUCCGAUGAUGGUACCAUUAAUGCGAUUGGCCGGAUCUACCAAGCUAUCUACAAUUUCUCGAUUGUCACUCGUUACAUGAUCUAUGUUGUUCCUAUUGGUCUUUUGAUUGCUAUUCCGAUUAUCGUCGGAGCCACGGCGGCUCCGAAUGCGAAAAUCGCGGGUGUUCAUAUCUAUUGGUUCUUUACCUGGAUCGAGGUGGUCUGGGUCAGUUUGUGGGGGUGCAAGGUCAUGGCAAAGUUCCUUCCAUGGCUUUUCCAGUUACUGUGUGGUAUCGUUAGCUCGGGUACUCGCAAAUAUGCACUUAUCUUGAGAGCCCUCGAGACUCCGUUGACUCUUGUGUUGUGGUGUGUCGUCUCGCUGGUGACUUUCAUUCCGAUUAUGACUGAAAACCCCAACAAGCAAAAUGAUGGGGAUACCAGCGAGAAGGCCUGGGAAAAAAGCGUCAAGAACGUCCUGCUUGGCUUCCUGGUCUGCAGUCUUAUUUACUUAGGUCAGAAGGCCAUUGUGCAGCUCAUCUCGAUCAGCUACCACCGCAAGCAAUUUGACUCUAAGAUCAAGGAGGCCAAGCGCAAUGUCUACCUUGUUGGUCUACUGUUCGAAGCCUCCCGCAACAUGUUCCCUAUGUACUGCCCGGAGUUUAGUGAGGAUGAUUCGACUAUUAUGGACCCUAUUCUCAGUCAGGCUACUAAGAAGACGAAGCGGUCCUCGAUCAUGCCCCUGCGUAUGGUCCAGGAUGUUGGUCGCACCGUCGGUCAGCAGGCUGGCCGUCUCGGUGACAAGGUGCAGGCUGCGGUUGGCAAUGUCGCCUCUGAACUUACUGGAAAGCAAAUGUUUAACAACAACACCACUCACGCCGUUGUUGUCUCGGCCCUGGAGCGUAAGCGCUGUGCCGCGGCCUUAGCCCGCCGUGUUUGGAUGUCCUUUGUUGUUGAAGGCCGGGAUUCUUUGUACAUUGAUGACAUCGUUGAGGUUCUGGGACCCGGCCAUGAGGCCGAGGCUGACGAGUGCUUCGCUAUGCUGGACAAGGAUGGCAAUGGAGAUAUUUCUCUCGAUGAGAUGAUCCUUACUGUUACGGAAUUGGGACGUACGCGCAAGGCUCUCAACCACAGUAUGCACGAUGUCGACCAGGCUAUCGGUGUGCUGGACGGCUUGUUGUUCUCUGUUGCUGCCGUUAUUGGCGUUUUGGUUUUCAUCUCCUUCGUGACCACUGGCUUUGGUACUGUCAUUGCUGCUGGAGCUACUUCGCUGCUCUCCCUGAGUUUCGUGUUCUCGACCACCUGUCAGGAAGUUUUGGGUUCUUGUAUUUUCUUGUUCGUCAAGCACCCCUUCGAUAUCGGUGACCGUGUUGAUGUCAGCGAUAAAGACUAUAUUGUGGAGCGUAUUUCUCUCCUGUUUACUGUCUUCCGUUCUAUCAACGAUCACCGCUUGACCCAAGUCCCCAACAACAUCCUGAACAGCUUAUGGGUUGAUAACUUGACCCGUGCCAAUGCCAUGCACGAAAGACUCACUGUCCCUGUCGCCUUCGACACCACAUUUGCUGAGGUUGAGGCCCUGCGUGCCGAGAUGGAGCUCUUCGUCCGUGAUAAAGAAAACUCUCGUGACUUCCAGCCUGAGUUUAACGUUGAGGUGAUCGGCGUCGGCGACCUCGACAAGCUCCAGCUACAGGUUGAUAUCCGCCACAAGUCCAAUUGGGCAAUCGAGGCCGUUCGUUCCUCGCGCCGCUCCAAGUUCAUGUGUGCCCUAGUUCUGGCCAUGCGCAAGCUCAAGAUUCGUGCCCCUGGUGUCGAACGUCCAGAGGAAGAGUCCAAGGACGGCGAGGACGGCGAUGACAAGGGAGAAAACCCCGAUGAUGUCAAAAAGUCGACAUUGAUGGAACCUGCGGCGGCCGCCGCAGUCGCAGACGACGCCUCUCUGGCCGCCGACACCGCGCAAGCCACAGGUAUCGACAGGAAGCGCUCAUCCGGCACACUCACCCAACGCGGUUCCACCAACCCACCUAACGAAGCCGCCAUCGCGGCCGCCCUCAACACCCGCUCGUCCAACCUCGACCUAGGCCCAGAGGACACCAACGCCCUGCACCGCACCGCCACGAACGCCUCAAGCCAAGGUGCCCGCCAACUAAGCGUGAAAAAUGGCGCCACUGGCUCAAUCGGCCGCGAGCCCUCAACCGGCCACCGCAAAGCUGGUCUUCGCGUCUCCUACAACGAGCACGACCCUAUGCCGGCUCCCCUCUCCCCUGUUCCCGCCGGCCUCACUCCUUCAACGAGCAGCGUCCCUAUACUCCAAACUCCCGCUCCCCCAGGCUCCCGCGGUAGUGCUCGCUACGAGCCCACCUCUCACAUCCCGAACCCAGACCAAACCCAACCUACAAUCUUUCCCAUCAUCGGGUCUCCCGAGUCUGGAACCUAUAACACAUCCUACUACAACUCUCAUUCGGACAACAACAACCACUACGAGUCUGUCGAGCUAGGCGGCUUCAAUGGUGAACAAAACAGGCCUCACGAGUAUCCCUCUGCAGGUAGCCAGAGCCACUACGAAGAGCGGUACGACCCCGUCUCUCCGCCUUCGAUCUACUCGCCUCCGCAGAACAUUGAUGCGGAGAGUAGUGGGCGUCGGCCUUCGUUCUUGUCGCGUACUUUGAAGCGUGAGAAGUCGAACCAAAAUGAUGGGCAUGACUCUUAG